AUGAAGGCAUCAAAAAAGCCUGUGGUGAAAUUCAGACUAGAUAUUACGGCAGAUGGUAUGCCACAUCCCAACGAGCAGUUUGGUCCGGUUGACCGUGAGAGCGACCACGGUGAAAGUGAACAUGGUGAGAAUGAUCAUGGUGAGAGUGUCAGCCCAUUUGCAUUGGAUUGGCGUUCGAGCUCUGUUUACUUAUGGUCCUUAAUAGCGCGGGAUUCGGCAAAAAAGUUGUCCGAGGAAUCUACCGAUUGCUCGGUAGACUUUGAGGUCUUGGGAGAUAGAAUUGGAGCGGCUUCUCUUAAGUUCUCCAGCCCAUAUCGAAAUGACCAAUGGCCGGAUCAAUUCCUUCAGGCUGUGGCCAAGGGCAGUGCUUCGAAGCCGAAACUUGAUCAUAUACUGGAUCUGGUUUUCCGGGACUUGGUAUCUGAUCCGCCACCGAGAGGUUUCAUGUUGCUGCUUGACCAGCUGCAAAGCAUCAUUGAUCCUGAUCACAUGACCUUGUAA